AGAAAAAGCGAAAAAGAAUACACCAAAAUUCAGUGGCGGGAAUUUGAUUGCUCUUUGGGCGGGUAAACGCAGAAUAGCGAUUAGAGCCGCCGUACACUUCUUCGGCUUAACCUCCUCUAGGCUUUUACGAUCCCAGCCGGUCCACUCUCACAAAAUGGCGGAAGUCGAAACCCUAGGCAUCCUUGAAGAGAUUCAAUCCCUCAUCUCCGACAAACUUCAAGUGGUUUCUUAUAAGUGGCUGAGCCGUAACUUCUUACUGUCAUCAAAUACUGCUAAGAAGUUGCUCCAAGAUUUUGUAGAAAAGAACGAAGAUGGGUUUGAAGCAGUGUAUGCUUUAUCUGGUCUGCUGAAGAAGAACACUUCUGAAUACCAUGUUAAGCUUGUCCCUGGGCAUAAACUUUCAGAGGCCAAGCACGAAUUUGAGAACUGUUCAGUUCAAGUUUAUAGCGUGCAAGCUUGUCUUCCAAAAGAUGCAGCAUCUCUUUGGAAUAAUGAAUUUAUACAGGCAGAGGAACUUUACAGACAGCCCCCUGAUAUUGACAAUUGCUUGAGAGAUAAUAGGUUCUGUGCAAUUUCAAAUCCUUUUGUCAAACGCAUUUUUAAAGGAGACUCCAGUACCAUUUCUCCCCAAUCCCAAAAAUCUGGACUCCCUGGGCUACCUCUAAAUGGUUUAGCAAAAAAAACCUCAAUUCCUCCAGAGUCUUCUCUACAAAAGUCUCAUCAAUCAAUCCCCUUAGACAAUGUCAAAGCUAUAAAAACUGAAACUAAUGCUAAAGAUGGUGUUCAUGAGCAAGCUGGCAAGCCACCCUCAGACAAAGUGAAGGCUGCCCCAGUGCAUCAUGAGAAACCAAAAGAUAAGAGUAAUAAAACAACAUCCGGAAAUGGAACCUCAUUGGCAAAUAUGUGGGGUCGUGCUUCUGCAAAAACAAAGUCAAGUUCAAUCAUGGAAGAAACUAAAACUUCCGUCACAAAUUUAAGUGAAUCUGAUGCUCAUGCUCAUGAAACGUCUGAAUCAAAAAGUGACGAGGAUGAUUGUGAUGUUAACUUCAGAAGAACUUCAAAGGGUGAUUCUAGAAGGAAGAGGAGAGUUGUAUGUGAUUUCUCAGAUGAUGAGAACGACAACAACGAAGAUGCAAUCAGUUUAGCAUCUCCAGAUCCUCCUAGAGGGAAGUCCUUGCAAGACGUAGUACCAGACACAAAAACCUCAAUUCCUGAUAAGAGCAGCUUGAACUUACACAAGCAGAAAAUGGAAGGAUCUACUAUAAAAAAAGAAGAAACAGUGGGAGACAUCAAGUCAAUCAAACCAUCAGUUGCGAAAAGGAACAAAGAACUAGAGAAUGCUUCUUCAGAUAAGAUGCAGGGUCAUAUACCUGAAAUUAGUUCAAAAACAAAUAAUAAAGGAACUGAUGCUGCUUCUACCUCUUCACCUAAAAGAAGGAAAGUUCUCAAAACAAGAAUAGAUGAACGGGGGAGAGAAGUAACUGAGGUUGUCUGGGAGGGUGAAGAUGGAGGGAAGAAAGAUGAUGAUAAGGGUUCAUCAAAGAAUGCAGAGGACAGUAAGACAGUCAGUACUACUACUUCUGAAAGGCCGCCAGCAGCAGCAGCAGCAGUCACAAAGAAGUCACCAGCUGUAAAACCCAAUGCCACAAGUUCCAAGGCAGGGCUGAAGAAAGGAGGAAAUGCAAAGGAUCCUAAACAAGGAAAUAUUAUGUCAUUCUUCAAGAAGGCUUAAAAUGAAAGCAAAUUCUUCCCAAUUUCAUCCUCUUGUGUGGUUUUCAUUUCAUUUUAUUACCUUUUGUUUGUGUUUAUCCUCAGAUUAUCACAAAAGGGUUGUUCUGUUUUCUUUACGACUAGGGUUUAUUCUACGAUGGCUAUCAUUAGUGUGAUUCAUGAACUGGCAUAUAAAUGUUAUGCAAAUCAUUCCCAUCACUAGGUGGUGAGAACUUCUGACCUAAAGUUAAAUGCACUACUGGAAAUAGAAACAUUUCAUUAAUAAUA